GCUGCCUAGGCGGCGGGACGGCGCGCCUGGCGGCCAGGAGGGUGCACUGAAAGAAGGCCGGCGAGCCCUGGUCACCGCGGUUCCCGAUCGGGUUCCUCUUCGGUCCGCGGGUCUGUGGGAGAGAGGAUCGAUCGCCGACACAGGGCGCGGGGAGCCGGGCUGCCCCGUCGGGGGAAUCUGAGACGUCCUCUAGGCUGCGUGUGCUUGUCGUGUCCGGAGCGCGUCCACUGUGUCCACCGACCCCUUCGGUGCCUGGUCCUCGAGCCCUCACGGCGUGCACCAUGAGCGGCGGCGAAGUGGUUUGCUCGGGAUGGCUCCGCAAGUCCCCCCCGGAGAAGAAGUUGAAGCGUUAUGCGUGGAAGAGAAGGUGGUUUGUGUUGCGCAGUGGCCGUUUGACCGGAGACCCCGAUGUCCUGGAGUAUUACAAAAAUGAUCAUGCCAAGAAGCCUAUCCGGAUUAUUGAUUUAAAUUUAUGUCAGCAAGUUGAUGCUGGGUUGACAUUCAACAAAAAGGAAUUUGAAAACAGCUACAUCUUUGAUAUCAACACUAUCGACCGGACUUUCUACUUGGUGGCAGAUAGUGAGGAAGACAUGAACAAGUGGGUCCGUUGUAUCUGUGACAUCUGUGGGUUCAAUCCCACAGAAGAAGAUCCUGUGAAGCCGCUGGCCAGCUCCUCACAAGCACCUGGUGAUUCACCUUUUGCUAUAAAUACAGCACCAGCCUCCACCCAGAUGGAAGCCUCUUCAGUCACCCUACCUCCUUCUUACCAGCUCAUCAGCCUCCCGCCACACCCAGACCUCGGCCUCCAGGAUGACCCACAAGACUACCUCUUGCUGAUCAACUGUCAGAGCAAGAAGCCUGAACCCACCAGAACCCAUUUUGACUCUGCCAAGCCCACUUCUUCUGAGACAGACUGCAAUGACAACGUCCCUUCCCAUAAGGCUCCUGCUUCCUCCCAGAGCAAACACGGAAUGAAUGGCUUUUUCCAGCAGCAAAUGAUGUAUGACUGCCCACCAUCCCGAGUUCCAUCAGUCUCUGGAGAGUCCAGCCUCUAUAACCUGCCGAGGAGCUAUUCCCAUGAUGUGUUGCCAAAGGAAUCUCCGUCAAGUACUGAGGCAGAUGGAGAGCUUUACGUCUUUAAUACCCCAUCUGGGACUUCAAGUGUAGAAACUCAGAUGAGACAUGUGUCUAUUAGUUACGACAUUCCGCCAACACCUGGUAACACUUACCAGAUUCCACGGACAUUUCCAGAAGGCACAUUGGGACAGUCAUCAAAGCUGGACACCAUUCCUGAUAUCCCCCCACCUCGGCCACCAAAGCCACAUGCAACUCAUGACCGGUCUCCUGUGGAAACGUGUGGAGUCCCACGCACGGCCUCAGACACUGACAGCAGUUACUGUAUUCCUACAGCAGGCAUGCCGCCCUCCCGGAGUAAUACCAUUUCCACCGUGGAUUUGAACAAGUUGCGGAAAGAUGCUACUUCUCAAGAUUGCUAUGAUAUUCCACGAACCUUUCCAAGCGAUAGAUCUAGUUCCCAGGAAGGCUUCCCCAACCAGUUUAAAAUCAAAAACAUAUUGACAGCAGGAGGUGUCUCAGGCGAAGAACUAGAUGAGAACUACGUUCCCAUGAACCCCAACUCACCACCGCGACAACAUUCCAGCAGCUUUACGGAGCCAAUUCAGGAGCCAAACUAUGUGCCAAUGACCCCCGGGACCUUUGAUUUUUCUUCAUUUGGAAUGCAAGUCCCUCCCCCUGCUCAUAUGGGCUUUAGGUCCAGCCCAAAGACCCCUCCCAGGAGGCCAGUUCCUGUUGCUGACUGUGAACCACCCCCGGUGGAUAGGAACCUCAAGCCAGACAGAAAAGCCAAGCCGGCACCUUUAGAGAUAAAACCUCUGUCAGAAUGGGAAGAGCUGCAAGCCCCAGUCCGAUCUCCUAUCACCAGGAGCUUCGCCAGGGACUCCUCUAGGUUUCCCAUGUCCCCUCGGCCUGAUUCUGUGCACAGUACAACAUCGAGCAGUGACUCUCAUGACAGUGAAGAGAACUACGUCCCCAUGAACCCAAAUCUGUCCAAUGAAGAUCCGAAUCUCUUUGGCAGCAACAGCCUUGAUGGAGGGAACAGCCCUAUGAUCAAACCCAAAGGAGAUAAACAAGUGGAGUACCUGGAUUUAGACCUAGAUUCUGGGAAGUCCACACCACCACGGAAGCAAAAGAACAGUGGUUCUGGCAGCAGCAUGGCAGAUGAGAGGGUGGAUUACGUCGUGGUGGACCAACAGAAGACUCUGGCCCUGAAGAGUACCAGGGAAGCUUGGACGGAUGGGAGGCAGUCCACAGAGUCGGAGACGCCCACCAAGAGUGUGAAGUGAAGACACACCAUCGCCACUGCCAACAGCCGAGUCCUGAGUGGAAAGAGAGAUGCCAAAUGAAGAUGCUUCUUCUCUCUCAGUGGAGCCUCAAGCCAGCAGAGCAGAGAAAAGGACACAUGUUCAAGCAAAUUAGGUUGUGAAUGGUGCUGUGUGGUAUUGGAUUUAUAAUAUGUAAAUAACCUGGGGAAAUAGUGUUUUAGUUCCCAGAGAAGCAUCUGUCCCUAGUUAACACAUCUGUAGUAUUACUAUACUGAUGCACUUUUCAUUUAAAACCUUGGUUUGGGUCGUCCCGAUCUACCUUAACAGAUUUUCCUCAGGAGGUCUUUUUGCCUCAUCACACUACUCUAUAUAACAGUACUAAGUAAAAUGAGCUACUUUUAAUUCUGGAAAUUUCAGUCAAAGCUACAGGCUAACACCAUUAAAACGAGAAGCAGGUUGACAAAUUCUCUUUUCCCUUGAAGGUGAUAGCCAUUACCUUAAGCUGUAGAAUAUAGUUGGACUUGUCCUUCGUUGUUUUCCAAAAAUUCUGGGGGUAAUGUAUAUACUGGGUCAGGCCUAGUUCCCCGACUCAUGUACACUUAGGUUUUAAUAGUAGGACUUUGUUAUUUUUUGUUAAUUACAGUGUUUUGGGUUCAUUGUGUUAAGGUUCUGCUGGGUAGGAUCUUGCACCUUUAAAAGACUGCCUCUUAGUUACACUAAUAAGCCCACACACCAUCCACACCAUGGAUUGAUGAUCUGCUCUUAUCCUGGUCAUGUGUAUUAAACCUUGUUUGCAAAAGGCAGAUUAUACGACUGACUAAUCAGGUACGUUCAGGGCACUGAUGUGCUAAUACAGUGAUUGGAUCAGACAAGGCGCUUCAGUUACCUGUCUGUUAAUCCUAAGCUUGGUUUAGAAUUAAUGAACCAGUUGGCAUUCACUGUCCGUUGCAGCAACAUACUGUGAUUUUGAAUCAACUAGACAGGCGUUCAAGAUUGCUACUCUUGGAAAUGGCCCUCUCAACACCGUAGUGCCCUUCCUAAGCUUUUCUUUCUUAAUAUUCUUCUUGGCCUUAUAUUUAAAUCCCUAUGCAAUUAAUGUUUUAUAUCUGAAUUUUUAAAAAAAGAAAUGUCAUUUUAAGUGAUUCUUGUAUGUAGCAAGCACCUAUUGCUUUUGUGAGUAAAUGAAUUAAGAAUUUUGUACUGUGAUUUGUACUCACUGCCCUAAUUCCCCAACUGUUAGAGCCUUGCUGUGCUGUGAACCACUGUAGUCAUGACCACCACCCAGCCAGAUCUGAGUCACAGAGGAAUGGAGUCUCUCACCUGUAAGGUGACAUCGUCUGGUGUGGACGUUCAGGCUUUGAAUUAGUGUCACUGCAAUUACACGUGUCCAUCUAGCUUUGCCACAUAACUUGAGAAGCAGCUAGCAUUUUCCAUUGUUCACCCAAGUAAGGACAAUGUCUCUGCAUUGAUCUGAGACUCACUGGUGGCUUGAGGAGUGGACAAAGAGAACAGAAUGUCUACAGCUGAGGCUUGUCUUUCUCCGUUCAGACCUCUCACCUGUUGCCUGAGUACACAAUGCAGCCUGCUUUCUGGCCCACUGGCCACUGUACUGUGCCCAAUCCAUGUUCUCUGCUCUUUUUCCAGUCAGUCUACAAGCUGUGUUCAUAAGUACAUGAAAUGUAGAAUAGUAACAUUAGAUGCUUUUAAAUGUUUGCUUCUUUUUAAAUAAAAACUAAAACCUGGAACUGAAUUUUGAGGUGGAUUUUUAAAUAAAAAAAAAUUGUUUGA